AUUCUGUAUUCUUGAAUCAAUGUUGUAAAUAUAUUACGCUUAAUUCUAAGUUAUUUUGAAUCAAUUACUGUAAAAUAUUACGCUUAAUUUCUGUAUUCUUGCACCAAGCCAAAAAAUAUAGCUAUUUAAAAUAAUAGUUGGAGUACCCGGCGUUGUCUGCAGGUCUACAUUAUUAGUUAUAGUUACUCCUGCCGUUUACCCGCGUCUGGUUUUAAAACAUAAUUUCUAAAUUUUUCAAUCUUAUUUUGCCUUUGUCAUUCUCAGGGGUACACUUAUUCACUUUGGGAAUAAAAUUGGGAUACACAGAUAUGGGUUCGCUAAAUUAUACAGAUUGCUUACCAUAAUUAUUUCCCACCCACAAAAGUUUUGUAAAAUCUGAAAAAUAAAGAUUGCUAAAGAUUUAAGUCCCAUUGUGAAAAUGUUUUCGUUUUGUCUAGAAAAAAACACGUAUCUAUUUUCACCGUCCGAAAUAAACUAGCUAACAACAAUAUUUUUCUUUUGAGAUUGAACAGUGAAAUAAAAGCUUUUUUAUAAAAGAUAAAGAUCAAAAGAGAUAACGAUCGAGUGCCAAACAUUAAAAAAAAUUCUAAUUCCAAAAUAAAAUAAAAUCAAAUAAAAUAACAGGUUCAACCCCGUAGAAAUAGCUUUCUCUCCCAUCUAAGAAUUCAAGUUUACUGAACCCCGAUGAAAUUGGUUUUGAGUUGAGACUCACCAUUUAUAGUUUAAACCGAGACAGGUUUAAAAAAUAUCGCAAAAAAGUGAUUUAGGCAACAACAAAAAACAACAAUCUAAGCUGGUAGCGGCCUUAUCUAUAAAUAGGACCUGCACUGACAGUUCUUAAUGUGAAAUCAACAUAAAUAAAUAAAAAGGAUUAAUCUGAAAGAUCUCUUGAACACAGUGAAUAAAGACUAAAAAUGAACUUGACGAACUUGAACCUGCGUCAAGCUGAGUUAGAGCUUGAGUAUCCAGGGUUCAGCGAAUACGUUCCAGACCUUUGGUUACAGUUUGAUCAGCCAAGCCUCCUGUUUGCAAGAUGUCUCUCUGUUAUCUUCUUCAUAAUCACUGUGAUCGCCAUAUCAGGGAACGGUUUGGUUUUGUAUGUUUACAUACAGAACUCCAGUUUACGAACUCCUUCCAACCGUCUCCUGAUCUCCUUGGCUAUGGCGGACCUCCUGAUGAUGUUCAAGUCCUGGGUUCUCAUCAUCAACGCCUGGGAGAACGGGCCCUUCUUAGGGAUGCUAGGAUGUUUGAGUUUUGGCAGUCUAGGAAAUAUGGCAGGACUGGCCCAGAUAUGGACGCUAACAAUGAUUGCGUAUGACAGGGCGAUGGCGAUUUUCUAUCCACUCAGAAGAGAGAAACGGAUGAGACAUGGACAGGUAAAAUUAAUUGUUCUCGGCAUCUGGGUUGCAGCUCUCUUCUUCUCAAUGUGUCCAUUACUAGGCAUCAACAGCUAUGUGGCAGAGGGUUAUCUGUACGGAUGUUCAUUUAACACCUGGGCGACAGAUGUUGAAGAUAUUGCCUACAUCUAUAUACUGAUUGUACUGGCCUAUGUGAUACCAAUGCUAAUUAUCUUCUACUGCUAUAUCAAAAUAUACUUUCACACUAGAUUGUCAAAUACCAGCACAGACUUUGCCAGCGAUAGAAAAAAGUAUCUGCUCUGGCUCAAGGAGAAUGGUGGGAAGGAGCAUAUAUUGAGCCCUGAAAACCUGGAAAUAGAAAAAAAGCAUAAGGUGAGGUUCAAUUUCCAGAAGAAAAAGAUUGAGACUGAGAGAAAGCUCGCCAGGAUGGUAUUUGUACUGAUAGCUGUGUGGACGGCUUCAUGGACUCCAUACACAGUAGUAGCGAUCCUACAGUUGCUCCGUCAGAACUGGUUACUCCACCCUGCCCUAGGCCUAUUCGCAAUGUUGAUGGCCAAGUUCUCAUCCCUCGCCAAUACCUUCAUCUACGGUCUCAGACUGCCGAAAGUGCGCAGAAAGCUCGUCAAAUUGUUUGGAAAAAAGAAGAGAAAUGCUCAUUCUUUUGGACCCGACGACCUUACAACAGUUAAACGUUCCUCAAAAUCCUCAAAUCGUAUUGAAGACGACUUUACAUCUAUACGCCUUCAAGAGCUGCAGGAAAUAAUUGACAACGAAGAGAGAAAAAUACAAGAUAUCGGACGGAACUUGAUUCUAAAAGAAAAGAUCGAGAAGAAAGUAAAGGCUAGAAAGUUUGGAAAAUUCGGAAAAGUUCAUUCUGACAGUGAUCUCUGGACCCGAACUAAGAAGAAACGUGAAAAAGAAACUAGAAGUGCAGAAGAAAACGAAUUUUUCACAGAAGGAGAAACAGCAGAGAACAAAAAAGAAGAAAUAGAAAGGGAAGAAAGUCCGGAACUAGGAAAGAUGAUUGAAGAACUUGAACGAGUAGAAAAAGAAAGAGAACAAGGAAAAAAAGUAAACGAGGAAAGAUCUGCGGAAAAUUGUCCAGCGAAACAAAAUACAAAAUGUUUCGUAAGUCUAGAGAAAAUAUCUAUUUCUCAACUUGAUAAUAUAGAAAAAUAUGAUUCAUUCCAAAGAACGGACAUCAGACUACACACCAGAAAAUAUAGAUCUCUUAGAAUCAGGAAAAAAUGUUGCGUAACCAAAUCUUGCGAUGAAAAUGCGCUAAACAAAAACAAUAAUGAAGUACAUUGCAUAAUUUAAUCAAAAUAAUAAAUUAUCUAAUGAUGAUAUAACAUUUCCUAAGGAUGGUAUAACAUUACCUAAGGAUGAUAUAGCAUUACCUAAGGAUGGUAUAACAUUACCUAAGGAUGGUAUAACAUUACCUAAGGAUGAUAUAACAUUACCUAAGGAUGGUAUAACAUUACCUAAGGAUGGUAUAACAUUAUCUAAGGAUGGUAUAACAUUACCUAAGGAUGGUAUAACAUUACCUAAGGAUGGUAUAACAUUACCUAAGGAUGGUAUAACAUUAUCUAAGGAUGAUAUAACAUUACCUAAGGAUGGUAUAACAUUAUCUAAGGAUGGUAUAACAUUACCUAAGGAUGGUAUAACAUUAUCUAAGGAUGAUAUAACAUUACCUAAGGAUGGUA